GAGACUGAAUACUGCAAGGCUGUCUUGAAAACAAUCUCUAUUGGACCAAGUCUUUCCUUCGCUGGGAGUUGUCGCAUCCAAGACUUAAUUUCAACAGGGUUCAAUUUAUUGCUUGGAGCUCUGGCAGCAUAAAACUGUCUUCUUUGAAUGGAAAAUUUGACCAACAGCGAUGAGGGGCUGCAGCCAGCGGUCUGUCCUGCGUGCCUGUUUGCCAAAGGAGCCACCCCGGCGAGGAGAGCCGGAGGGGAGCCGUUUCCAGCGGGGAGACCCGCAGCUCAGACACGCGCUCUGGGCGGCCUGGAUGCGCAAGAACCGGCCCCGCAGCUGCUGACGGCCGGCGGCAGCGAAGUUUGGCUGCUGAGUGGCUCGGCGUCCGGCCCCUGGACAGACUGCCAACCGGCGGCUGCAACAACCGGAGCGAUGCCCGUGGGGGGCCUGUUGCCGCUCUUUAGUAGCCCUGGGGGCGGCGGCCUGGGCGGUGGCUUGGGCGGGGGGCUUAGCGGCAGUAGGAAGGGGUCUGGCCCCGCCGCCUUCCGCCUCACCGAGAAGUUCGUGCUGCUGCUGGUGUUCAGCGCCUUCAUCACGCUCUGCUUCGGGGCAAUCUUCUUCCUGCCUGACUCCUCCAAGCUGCUGAGCGGGGUCCUGUUCCACUCCAACCCCGCCUUGCAGCCCGCGGCAGAGCACAAGCCCGGGCCCGGGGCGCGCGCCGUGGAUGUCGCCGAGGGGCGAGUCCGGCACCGCGAGGAAGGCGUGCCAGGGGACCCCGGGGCUGUACUGGAGGACAACUUAGCCAGGAUCCGUGAAAACCACGAGCGGGCUCUCAGGGAAGCCAAGGAGACCUUGCAGAAGCUACCCGAAGAGAUCCAAAGAGACAUUCUGCUGGAGAAGGAGAAGGUGGCCCAGGACCAGCUGCGUGACAAGGAGCUGUUUGGGGGCUUGCCCAAGGUGGACUUCAUACCUCCCAUCGGGAUAGAGAACCGGGAACCAGCUGAUGCCAGCAUCCGCGAGAAGAGAGCAAAGAUCAAAGAGAUGAUGAACCAUGCUUGGAAUAAUUAUAAACGCUAUGCCUGGGGCUUAAACGAACUGAAACCUAUAUCAAAAGAAGGCCAUUCAAGCAGCUUAUUUGGCAGCAUCAAAGGAGCAACGAUAGUAGAUGCCCUGGAUACACUUUUCAUCAUGGGCAUGAAGACUGAAUUUCAAGAAGCUAAAUCAUGGAUUAAAAAAUAUUUAGAUUUUAAUGUGAAUGCUGAAGUUUCUGUUUUUGAAGUAAACAUACGCUUUGUCGGGGGACUGCUGUCGGCUUACUACUUGUCUGGGGAAGAGAUAUUUCGAAAGAAAGCAGUGGAACUUGGGGUAAAAUUGCUACCUGCAUUUCAUACUCCUUCUGGAAUACCUUGGGCAUUGCUGAAUAUGAAAAGUGGAAUUGGUCGGAACUGGCCCUGGGCCUCCGGAGGCAGCAGUAUUCUGGCAGAAUUUGGAACUUUGCAUCUGGAGUUCAUGCACUUGAGCCACUUAUCAGGAAACCCCAUCUUUGCCGAAAAGGUAAUGAAUAUUCGGACGGUGCUGAACAAACUGGAUAAACCAGAAGGCCUUUAUCCUAACUAUCUGAACCCCAGCAGUGGACAGUGGGGUCAACAUCAUGUGUCCGUUGGAGGACUUGGAGACAGCUUUUAUGAGUACCUGCUCAAGGCAUGGUUAAUGUCUGACAGGACUGACGUAGAAGCCAAGAAGAUGUAUUUUGAUGCCGUUCAGGCCAUUGAGACUCACCUGAUCCGCAAGUCCAGUGGGGGACUAACAUACAUUGCAGAGUGGAAGGGGGGCCUCCUGGAACACAAAAUGGGCCACUUGACGUGCUUUGCAGGGGGCAUGUUUGCACUCGGGGCAGACGGAGCUCCCGAAGCCCUGGCCCAGCACUACCUUGAACUUGGAGCUGAAAUCGCCCGCACCUGUCAUGAAUCUUACAACCGCACCUUCAUGAAGCUGGGACCAGAAGCUUUCCGAUUUGAUGGUGGUGUGGAAGCCAUUGCCACGAGGCAAAAUGAAAAGUACUACAUCUUACGGCCGGAAGUUAUCGAGACUUACAUGUACAUGUGGCGACUGACUCAUGAUCCCAAGUACAGAACCUGGGCCUGGGAAGCCGUAGAGGCUCUGGAAAGUCACUGCAGAGUGAAUGGUGGCUACUCAGGCCUACGGGACGUUUACUUUGCUAAUGAAAGUUAUGACGAUGUCCAGCAAAGUUUCUUCCUGGCAGAGACACUAAAGUAUUUGUACUUAAUAUUUUCUGAUGACGAUCUUCUUCCACUAGAACACUGGAUCUUCAAUACCGAGGCCCACCCUUUCCCUGUACUCCGAGAAGAGAAAAAGGAAAUUGAGGUCAAAGAGAAAUAAAAGACAUUCUCUAUUUCACUCUGCUUCAUUCCCUCACUGCAUACCUUAAUAAUUCCUUUCCUGGUCAUCAGACACAUGAUGAACUCUUAUUGAUUGAUAAAAGUCUAUGAUUAUCCUAAGUUCUAAAAUUGUUUUGCAGUCUUUUACGUUCAUUAUCAUAAGCCUCAGUGGACCUCGAUUGCUUAUUACUUUGUUAUCCAGCUAGUGGAUCCACUGAUUUUGUUUGUCUGUCUUUUUUUUUUUUUUUGAAGGAAUCUAUUGUUUCUGGAGUUCAUGAAGUUGUGACAUCAUUUUCAUGAAACGGAA